ACAUCUGCAGGCUAAAUUUUGAAUAUUGGACAAGUAGGUGAUCGAAUGUUAGGUUAACUUCCUUUUUUGUCCGGUGUGGAAAGCCGUAAGAUAUAUCUCCAAGAUGGUGAAGAUUAUGAAAACGGGUAAAGUCGUAUUGGUCCUUAGCGGGCGAUAUGCAGGAAGAAAAGCUAUCAUUAUGCGGAAUUAUGAUGAUGGUACUACAGAAAAACAAUAUGGACAUGCAAUGGUAGCUGGUAUUGACAGAUAUCCACGUAAGGUUCAUAAAAGAAUGGGAAAAACAAAGAUUCAUAAACGAUCUAAGAUCAAGCCAUUUGUAAAAGUGUUAAAUUAUAAUCAUUUGAUGCCAACAAGGUAUACUGUAGAUUUACAUUGGGACAAAGUAACACCUAAAGAUCUUAAAGAUCCAAUGAAACGUAAAAAGAUCCGAUUUCAAACACGUGUUAAAUUUGAAGAAAAGUAUAAAUCUGGUAAAAAUAAAUGGUUCUUCCAAAAACUGCGAUUCUAAUUAAAUUUAAAUAAAAAUUUACAAGUAA